UGCAGCCUUUCCAUCCCAUGGUGAACCUGGAAUGUUCCAGAGACUUCCGGCCUUUUCUGUGCGCACUCUACGCGCCCGUCUGCACGGAGUACGGGCGGGUCACACUGCCGUGCCGCAGGCUGUGUCAACGGGCGUACAACGAGUGCUUCAAGCUCAUGGAUAUGUUUGGUGUUCCGUGGCCAGAGGAUAUGGAAUGUAGCCGGUUCCCUGAUUGUGAUGAACCCUACCCUCGGAUGGUGGACCUCAGCGUUUCCAAGGAGCCCACGGACGACACCCCACUAGGAGUGCAAAGAGACUAUGGCUUCUGGUGCCCCAGGGAGCUUAAAAUUGACCCCGAGUUGGGUUACUCCUUUUUGGGAGUACGUGACUGUUCUCCACCCUGUCCACACAUGUACUUCAGAAGGGAAGAACUGUCCUUUGCUCGAUAUUUUAUUGGAGUUAUUUCUAUAGUCUGCCUUUCAGCUACCUUGUUCACCUUUUUGACGUUUCUCAUUGAUGUGACCAGGUUCCGGUACCCAGAAAAGACCCAUCAUAUUCUACGCCGUCUGUUACAUGAUGGUCUCGUUGAUUUUCUUCAUUGGGUUCCUACUGGAGGAUCGCGUGGCUUGCAACACUGCCAGCCCCACCCAGUACAAGGCCUCCACUGUAACCCAAGGAUCUCACAACAAGGCUUGCACCAUGCUCUUCAUGGUUCUGUACUUCUUCACCAUGGCUGGCAGUGUUUGGUGGGUAAUCCUCACCAUUACCUGGUUCUUGGCAGCUGUUCCAAAAUGGGGGAGUGAAGCCAUUGAGAAGAAGGCACUGUUGUUUCACGCCAGCGCGUGGGGCAUCCCGGGUACCCUUACAAUCAUCCUUCUUGCCAUGAACAAAAUCGAAGGGGACAACAUCAGUGGAGUUUGUUUUGUUGGCCUGUACGACGUUCAUGCCUUGAGAUACUUUGUCCUAGCGCCCCUCUGCCUGAAUGUUGUGGUUGGUGUGACUCUACUCUUAGCUGGGAUUAUUUCUUUGAACCGAGUGCGGAUUGAAAUCCCACUGGAGAAAGAAAACCAGGACAAGUUGGUGAAAUUUAUGAUCCGCAUUGGCGUGUUUAGCAUUUUGUACCUUGUGCCCCUCUUGGUGGUGAUUGGCUGCUAUUUCUAUGAGCAGGCUUACCGGGGGGUGUGGGAGACCACAUGGAUUCAGGAGCGAUGCAAAGAAUAUCACAUCCCAUGCCCUUACCAGGUGGCGCAGACAAGCCGUCCUGACCUCAUCCUCUUCUGAUGAAAUACCUAAUGGCCCUCGUGGUGGGAAUACCUUCUGUCUUCUGGGUGGGCAGCAAGAAAACCUGUUUCGAGUGGGCCAGUUUUUUCCAUGGCCGGAAGAAGAAAGAAGGCGUCAAUGAAAGCCGCCAAGUCCUCCAGGAGCCGGAUUUUGCUCAGUCUCUUCUCCGGGACCCCAAUACCCCUAUUGUCCGCAAAUCACGAGGGACGUCCACUCAGGGAACAUCAACUCACGCCUCAUCCACUCAGCUGGCUAUGAUGGACGAGCAAAGGAGCAAAGCAGGCAGUGUCCACAGCAAGAUGAGCAGCUAUCAUGGCAGCCUUCAUCGCUCUAGGGAUGGAAGAUACACGCCAUGCAGCUACCGAGGAAUAGAAGAACGAGUCACACACGGCAGCAUGUCCCGUCUCACCGACCACUCGCUGCACAGCAGCACACAUAGACUUAACGAGCAGUCCCGGCAAGGCAGUAUCAGAGACUUAAACAACCCUUUGUCCCACAUCUCCCAUGGUACCAGCAUGAACAGAGUCAUUGAAGAGGAUGGAGCAAGUGCCUGA